AUGGUCUAUGGGAAUAUGCGGGAACCACCUGGUAGCGAAAGGUCGGCUUCUCAAAAAUUGCUGGUGAAGUCUGCGAACGAAGAGGAGGAGCCCUUGAUGGGGAUAUGGGCGCCUCCAGACUCACUGACAAGAGGUUUAGCUCUAAAAAUUCUCUUCCCUCAAAUGACGGCUCCGUUUAAGCUACCAGAAGAAAUCCCGGUACCUCCACAUCUCAUCUUCGGUUAUGACGCUUAUAAAGCCAGAGAUGUGAUAAAGUUGUCAGAAAAAUACCCAGGGCAGGUUUUGGCGUUGGGUUUUUUCACAUCCGAUAAACCUGGGGAGGGUGAAUUGAUAUCCAAAACUCUAAACGAUUUUGAAACAAAACCCACCCCUCCAACAUACGAUGAAAAGCUCGUCAUACAGUUAUCCAAAACCGAUUACGAGUGCUUGUUGGAAUUCCUCGAGUUAAACCCAAGCCACAAAAGCAAAGACGCCGUAGAAGGUGAAGAAGAAGCGAAAAUAUUCUUCCCGCUCGGCUACAACAUCCCCGUCAAAAUCAAGGAAGAAAUUAAGAAGAAAGCCCGCAAGAAGGGCAAAAAGGCGUCUGCAGUAGCGGAAAAUACCAACGGGGAAGCCCAACCACCUCCUGAAGGCGAAGCACCUCCAGAAGCACUUGAUGCCGAGAAAGCCCCUGAAGAUGACACCCUAAUAGGUGAAGAAGGUGACGUGGAGGAACACGACAGCGGUGAAGAGGAAGAUGAAGAUCAAGAGGAUGGUAAUGCACAAAAUGAAGAAAUCGAUGGUGAAACAGUUGAAGGUGCUGAUAAAGCAACUUCACCUUUACCAGAUGUAAUAAGUGAGAAUUAA